GUUUACACCACUUGGUAUCCCUAAAUCAAUUUUGAGAAUUUUCUUGUAUGGUGUCAUUUUGAAAAUCGUGAAAAAUUAAAUAAAAUCAAAAUGUUCGCUCUCCGUAGCCUUGUCAGGAGCAACGCUCAGUUCGCCAAGAAUGUUAUUCCUAAGAGAAACAUGACAGUAAUCGCCACACCUGCCAGGAAUAAGGUUUCUACUGGUGAAAUCAUCUUCCUCUCCAGCUUGAUGGUCAUCGGUUGGUCCGCCAUCCCCGCCUGGGUCCUGGUCAACAUCAAGCACUACCGCGACAAGAACUAAGCGUACUUCGUAGAAAUAAUGUAGAUACUGCUAUGUGAUGAUUUCAUUCUAAGUUAUAAUUAAAAUCAGUUAACUAAA